UUAGCGGCGAGGGUUGUCCUAGCAUAGAAAUGCUUUAACAUCUACACGAAAUUAUUUUCAAAUCAUAUAUUUAAAAAAAAAAAUUAACAAUUGUUAUUUUUUCGAGACGUAAUAUAAAAAAAAUAUCAUAUAAAAAGAAAAAAAAAUUGUUUUUUUUUUUAAUUUUGUGUUGUGUUUCUUCGUUGGUAUUAAAAUGGAUGAAGCAUAUGCGCAUCUAGAAGUGAACAAUUUGAAAGAUAACAAGAAAUCUCUUUUGCCGCCUGAUGGAGGUUGGGGCUACGCGGUCUGCAUUGGUGUUGGAUUUACUUUCAUGUUGGGAUUUGGUUCUUCUAAUGCCUUUGGAAUUUUGUUCAACGACUUUUUCUUAGAGCAAGAUGGUGCGAGUGGACUCCCCCUAGUUAUUGGCGUUUACAAUGGAGCAUUAUCUAUAUCGGGAUUCUUGAGCGGGAUUGCACUCAAAAAGUAUACGUUCCGCCAAGUUGGUUUAGUCGGAGCUGGGCUGUUUGUUUUAGGCGAUGUACUGACAAUCUUCGUCGAGAGAACGUAUCAGCUUGUGUUCACGUUUGGUGUUAUAAGAGGCGCAGGUUUCGGUGUCAUGAUACCAGUCAGUUUUACAGCGUUCAAUUGCUAUUUCACAAAGAAACGCACCGCCAUGAUGAGCGCCAACCAAACCAUGAGCAGUAUGGCGUCCAUCACGUUCCCUAUAAUGGUGACGUUCCUACUGUCUGAAUAUGGCUUCAGGUGGACCCUCGCCCUGAUAAUGGCUGUGGACCUGCACUUAGUAUUUGCUAUGCUGGUUAUGCACCCCGUGGAAUGGCAUAUGAUUAAAGUACCGGGAUGUGCUGAAAUUGAACUCACACCUGAUUGUGAAUCAAAAAGUCCCAAAAAGGUUAAAAUAAAAAGUGAUGUCUAUGAUGAAUCUGUAAUAAAAAUGCUGCCAGCAGAUGAAAAUGCUAUCGAAAUAAAACCUACAGCAACUCGACACGAAUCUAUUCAAAAGAGCAUAAUGAAAGCUAUAUACGACAAUGUAGAAGUAGAUUUGCUAAAAGACCCUCGUUUUGUGAGCACUUUGGUUGGACUUGGAUUCGCGUUCGUAUCCGAUGUUACCUAUUUAGCCAUGGAACCAAUGUUGUUAUUCUCUUAUGGAUAUACUAAGAUGCAAGUAGCAUCGUGUGUAAUGAUCGGCGCAGUGGCUGAUCUGUUGGCGAGGUUUGGUCUGGCGGUGUUCACUUACUUUUACAACGUGGACAGCAAAACUGUCUUCUUUUUUGGGACUUGCAUCACGAUGGUGUUACGGAUAGCGUUGAUAUGUUCAGAUAACUUGAUUUUUGUUAUCUCAAUAACAGCGGUGUCAGGCUUAGUGAGAUGCUCAGUGCAGGUCCUGUUUCCAUUGGUUUUGGUGACAGCGGCGCCGGACAGAUUCCCAGCUGCAUUGGCAUUGCAUAUAUUAUUUUCUGGGAUUUUGAUGCUAGUUACUGAUCCAUUAAUAGGUGUAAUAUAUGAGACGACAGGCAGCUACACGAACUGUUUUAUAGCAAUGAGUUUUUGUUGCCUAGUGUGUAUAGUGCUUUGGACUAUUGAUUAUUUUGUCAGUCGUAAAUAAUGAUAGGAAUUAAGUCACAUGAGUUUUAUAAGACUUGUAAUCGGUAAAGAUAAUAAUUAGGAACAGAGACAUAAAGUUUAAUUGAUAUUAAAGUAAACUUCAAGAUUUUAUACUAUUAGAUAUGUCAAUAACUCUUCGAAAGCCGGACAAAAGUGGCUAAUUGUCUUAAUUUCAUUUAGUUGCAUAGUAAACAACGAAAUUGUUUAAGCAAAUAAUACCUAAAUAUUGUCUACAAUGUCGAGUUGUGUGUUCAGGAAUUGUAAAAACUAUACAUACAUAAUUAUACAUAUAACCUAUGUAAACACAAAUGGUGCAUGUGGGCACUCAGUGAGGUAGCUAAAUUCACGUAAAUUAACUUAUAGUAAAAAAUCUUUGCAUAAUGUGCAUAGAGUUAAUAUAACAUUCAAUAUAGUUUUCUAUACAUAGGUAUACCUAUGCAUAGUUAUCUUUAAUAAUGUAUUUGCAUGUAGAAUCAAUGAUAUUUGUAUGGAGAAGAUAUCUCAAUUGAAUUUCAUUGGCUAUUAUCAAUUUAUGCUGCUCCUAGCUUUAAAUUUAAAGUACAAUGAUUAUAUUAUUAAUUAUAUUUAAGUUAUUAUAUAAUUUUUGACGAGUUUUAACCUAAAGUUGUCUGAAAAGGUUAUUCUUUUGACAACACCACCUUCUUCUAUUUUCUUAGUUAUAAUAUGAGUUAAGUUCAAAAUAUAUCUAUAUUUUAAAUAUACCUAAUAGGUAUCCUGUCAUUUAUAAUUUUAUUGGAGUCUCUUUUUUUUAAUUUGAGCGUUAAUUAAUAUAAAUUAUUAUUUUUUUUACGCUUUUGUUGUGUUGCAUAAUAUGGAUUUUACAUGUAAACGUGCAUACGAAAUUGAAUAAUUAAUAUUUUAUAAUGCUGUUGAAGAAUAAUAUUAUCUAUAUAUUUUAAACAUACCUAUGAUUAAAAGGUACCAAAAAGUAGGAUUAAGUUCUAGGUAUACAUUAAGAUUAAUUAGAAAUAGGUAUAUGUAAGAAACAUUUAAUGUAGAUAUAUCAAUUAUAAUAAUUAUCAAAUAGGUAUCUACUACUACGAAUAGGUUCGUCAAAAAAAUUCAUGAAAUAUUAUUCACAAUUUUUUUUUUAUAUUUUUAGUGUGCUGUAGCUUAGUGACCAUAAACGCCAAAAUAUGGGCAUUUUUGUUCACUUAUUUCAGUCACAAUAAUUUUAACACAAAAUUACUGAAUCGAUUUUCGUGAAAAUUAAAUGGGACCUAUCUUUCAAACAAAAAAAAAAUUCAAAAAAAAACUUCAGAUAAUG